AUGGAUCCUACCAGAAGAGGCAUUUGUAGCUACAAGUUUGUGAAACCUCCUUUGAAGACUUUGAGAGGAUUGGGAGCUCGUUUGGUUUUCGACAACAAGGACAAGUUCAAAAAGGCCUAUGGGAAUCUCAUAGGUAUGCUUAACACUAAAGUCAAUACUAUGGCUUUUCACGCUCUGGUGCAGUUCUAUGACCCUCCACUGAGAUGCUUCACGUUCCAAGAUUACCAUCUGGUCCCAACUUUGGAGGAGUAUUCACAUAUUUUGGGGAUUGAGAUUCAGGAUCAGGUUCCGUUUGUCCGUACAAAGGAGCUUCCUAAGUCUCAACAUCUAGCUGAAGUCCUUCAUACGGGGAAGAAAGAAAUGGAACUUAAUCUUAAACCUAAGGGUGGUACCCAUGGUUUUUCCUUGAAGUUUUUGGUUGACAAGGUUGUUACCUUCGCUGAAGCUGAAAGUUGGGAUGCCUUCAACACUAUUUUUACUUUGAUCAUAUAUGGGAUUGUGUUGCUCCCGAAUAUGGAAGACUUUGUUGACUUGGUUUCUAUCUAUCUCUUCAUGGCCAAGAACCAUAUUCCUACUCUUCUUGAUGAGACAUACUAUUCCAUCCAUGUGAUGAAUGAGAAGAAGAAGGGAACCAUCGGUCCUUUUGUCGACAACGAGGGAAAUCUAAAAUGGUCUCAAAGGAUCAUGUCCCUCACAGCUGAAGACAUUUCCUGGUAUUAUAUAGUCUAUGACGACGUCAAGAUCAUCCUCGAUUAUGGUAAUUUCCCAAAUGUACCCCUUCUAGGUAUAAAGGGUGGAAUUAACUAUAAUCCGAGGUUAGCGUUGUGCCAGUUAGGUUACCAGAUGCUGGACAAACCAAAUUUUGAGCAGUUAGAGGAGUUUGUUUUGUAUGAAGGGGUUGGUAACUCAGAGUUCCAGAAGAGGAUUAUCCGAGCGUGGAGAGAGAUCCAUCAUCACGGAAGGGCUGAGUUGGGAAAGAAGAACUGUAUUGUGAAGGAAGCCUACACCCAAUGGGUUCAAGAGAGGGUCAAACAAUUUUUGUUUCCAUUUCCAUAUGAACCUUCCAUGACUAUCAAGCAUGUUGAUCCUGUUGUUGUUCCAAUUUCAGAGGUUGACGAGCUCAAGGGGAUUAUCAAACUGUUAGAGAAGGAGAAUGUUGAUCUCCGAUCUAACAUCGGUAAGCUCGCAUUGGAGAAAGAAAACUUAAAGUUUAAUCUCAACCAGAAAAGGGACCGAGCAGUCAUGACCACUAAAGAGAUUCAGGAAGAACAACAUAAAAGAAGGAAAGUAGGUGAAGCGUUGAUGGGUACUUACGAAAGCCUUUCUUUGAAGAAGAAGCAACUCGUCGUACCACAGUACAAAGUUUUCAAAACAAAGAUCAACUGUCAGGAUCAGCUCAAGAAGUUGCAAAGCCAACUAGAGACUUGCCAGAAAGAAUUGAAAGAAGAGCGAAGCCAGGUUAAGAAACUAGAAGUUUCUCUUUCUCAUCACCAGUCUGACUUGGAUAAGAGGUUCGAAGAAAUUCGGGAGCUGAAGGGUCAAGCUCAUAAGAAUUUUGGUGGCGCUUUGAUUCUUACAACUAUGGAUGGUGAAGAGUUCACGCGUCUGUGA